UCCGCAAGGGCUACCAGCUCUUGGACCCUUAUGUCACCGUCAGCGUGGACCAGGUGCGCGUUGGGCAGACCAGCACCAAGCAGAAGACCAACAAACCCACCUACAACGAGGAGUUCUCCGCCACGGUUACCGACGGCCAUCAGAUCGAGCUGUCCGUCUUCCACGACACCCCCAUCGGCUACGAUGACUUUGUGGCCAACUGCACCUUGCACUUCCAGGACCUCUUGCGCUCCACGGGCCCCAGCGACAGCUUCGAAGGCUGGGUGGAUUUGGAGCCAGAAGGCAAAGUGUUUGUUGUCAUAACUCUUACGGGCAGCUUCACAGAAGGGACGCUCCAAAGGGAUCGAAUUUUUAAAAACCUCACUCGGAAACGCCAGCGGGCGAUGCGAAGGCGAGUGCAUCAGGUGAACGGGCACAAAUUCAUGGCUACCUACCUGCGACAGCCUACGUACUGCUCACACUGCAGGGAGUUCAUCUGGGGCGUGUUUGGGAAGCAGGGAUACCAGUGCCAAGUAUGCACCUGUGUUGUACACAAGCGCUGCCAUCAUCUAAUUGUUACAGCUUGCACGUGCCAAAACAAUACUAACAAGACCGAUCUCAAGGUGACUGAACAGAGGUUUGGAAUCAACAUUCCUCAUAAGUUCAGUGUCCACAACUACAAAGUCCCGACUUUCUGUGACCACUGUGGUUCCUUGCUCUGGGGAAUCAUGCGACAGGGCCUACAGUGUAAAAUCUGUAAAAUGAACGUCCACAUCCGAUGCCAAGCAAACGUUGCACCGAACUGUGGGGUGAACUCGGCAGAGCUUGCUAAAACCUUGGCAUGUAUGGGUCUGCAACCAGGAAGCAUUUCCCCAAAUUCGAAACUGGUUUCAAGAUCUACUUUGAGACAUCAGGGAAAAGGCAGCCUGAAAGAUGGCAACAAAGUUAGUGAAAGUUCAGCGAGCAAACUUGGGAUCAAAGACUUAACCUUCCUUCGUGUGUUGGGAAAGGGCAGUUUUGGAAAGGUGAUGCUUGCGAAGAUGAAAGAGAGUGGGCAGCUCUAUGCAGUGAAGGUGUUGAAGAAGGACGUCAUUCUCCAAGAUGACGAUGUCGAAUGCACCAUGACCGAGAAGCGCAUCCUUUCCUUGGCAAGGAACCACCCAUUCCUCACCAAGCUCUACUGUUGCUUCCAGACUCCUGAUCGCCUGUUCUUUGUGAUGGAGUUCGUUAAUGGCGGGGACUUGAUGUUCCAUAUUCAGAAGUCGCGUCGCUUCGAUGAAGAUCGGGCCCGCUUCUAUGCUGCAGAAAUUAUUUCAGCCCUUAUGUUUCUCCAUGAAAGAGGCAUCAUUUAUCGGGACUUGAAGCUGGACAACGUGCUGCUGGACUACGAGGGUCACUGCAAGCUGGCAGACUUUGGGAUGUGCAAAGAGGGCAUUCACAAUGGCAUUACCACAGCCACCUUCUGUGGUACACCAGACUACAUCGCUCCAGAGAUCCUGCAGGAGAUGCUGUACGGCCCUGAUGUAGACUGGUGGGCCAUGGGCGUGCUGCUGUACGAGAUGCUCUGCGGCCACGCGCCCUUCGAGGCGGAGAACGAGGACGACCUCUUCGAGGCCAUUCUGAACGACGAAGUUGUCUACCCAACGUGGCUCCAGCAGGACGCAGUGGCAAUCCUCAAAGCG